AUGAGAACGAUGACCCUGCUAUCGCACCACACUCUGCUCCACGGUGCGAGCGUACGCGAGAUCACGCUCGCCGACAUCUUUCUGUACCACCUUGCUAGCGGGUCGUCGGUGAACCCUGACAACCGGCCAAUGGUCAUGGUCAUCGCGCAGCGCAACUCCAAGACGUGCAAGGACGCACGUCUUCAUCACAGCUACGCGGCAAGGCACUUAGAGGCGGAACUGUGUGCUGUGGGCGAUACAAUCCUCUGGCUGCACUUCAUCUACGACCAGGUCCCCCAGAUCUUCGGCGUCCCCAUAAUUCCGCCGCUGGACGUACGACGACCGGAGCUCUGGUACGACAAGCAUCUCUUCUUCGCCCGCUACGACAAGGAUCAGGGUUUGCUGCCGUCGUCGAGCCAGCAACGAAUCACUCGGCAGCUGUGGACGGCCAACAAGGCGGAAGAGCUCGCACAAGGGCCUGAGGCGAACACGGCCGCGGUGCACUUCAUCCAGACCAUGCUGGAUCCACGCCGCAUUGCGGCCGAGGACCUCGCGGCAUGGGCGAAGGACAUCGAGAAGAUUCACACCGAGACGAUCGCCAAGCGCCGGUCGCCGAUCCCGACCCAGCCAGCUGAAAUCUCAGCCCGCCUGGACGCCGAAUUUCAGGUCGACCUUCUGAACGAGACGCUGGCCCACGAGAGGCACAAAGCGACGCUCAAGCAGAUGAAGGUGGAGAAGGAGCUCGAGGAGGCGCGCGCUGCUAUCGCGGCGAGGGACGCCGAGAUCUCCCGGCUCAUGGAGGAGCUCAAGAUCUCCGAGGCACGUAGGGCGCCAGCGCCACAGGCGCCUUCUAGGCCGACGACCCUGGAAGAGGAGGCAGCUGCGGCCGCUAAGCAAGCUCAGUUGGACGCCGACGCUCACUACAAGGCCCUGGUUGUCGACCCAUGGAGAAAGGCCGAGACUGUGGCAGAGGCCUGGCGCUUCUGGAACUGCCCCACCACCACGGACCGCCGACGUCUCUGCGACAGGUUCAACGAGCCAGGUUUCAUCGGGCGGCACAGCCUCCUGGGAAAGUCGUCGGCCAACGCAAAACAGGGUGAGAUGCGCCAAAUGAGGAGGGCGACGGAGGCCGUGCGCCGCUUCCGCUCGUCAGACGGAGAGGCCGACACCGCCGCCGUUAUCAAGAAACUCGACGAGCUCGCUGCGUUGGGAAUUGUGACCUUCUGCGAUGCUCUGAAGAUCAUCGACGCCGUCGCGCUUCUGAUACGCACGGAGGGGAACCUGGGCAUCAAGGGACUUUCUAAGGGUGAAAAGCCCAAGCUGACGGUUGCUUGGGGACUGGUGGCGGCGGGAUACAUGACGCACAAGUGGGGCGAGGACAUGUUCCCAACCACGUGGGGAGAGCAGAAAGCUGUGGCGGCCCAAGCGGCCGCGGAGCAGGCCGCUGGAAGACCGCCGCCGCUGCCGACGAAGACGUCCAAGCGUCGGAAGCCGGGCUGA